CACAUCUACCCUCUUACACACAAGAAACACACAAACAUCUGCCCUCUUACACACACACCCUGUAAGCAUGGGUUCCCUAGGCCCAAGCACCAUUAGCAGCAUGAACAUGGCCAAGGCAGCCAGCGUCGUUGGUGGUAAGACCGGCGUUGUUGCUGUCGCCGACCAGCAGAAAGAAGUCCCCCCCAAGACGAUGAAUUGCAGUAGCUACGCCUUCCAGAUGCCGCUGCACUACCCGCGGUACAAGAAGGCGGACUACGAGAGCAUGCCGGAGUGGCGCGUCGACUGCCUGCUCCGCGAGUACGGCCUCCCCGCCGACGGCGACCUCGACAGCAAGAGAAAGUUCGCCAUGGGCGCCUUCCUCUGGCCCGACCAGUACUGAAGGAACUCGUGGGCGUGGCCGCGCUGAAUUACCGAGCUGAACUCACAAGAGACGAAGCAACUGCAGUAUAUAGCCGGAGCUGUUAUGCGCACUACAGCUGCCUCCGCCGGCCGGCCGGCGACGACCUGGAUUAUAUCCCUGGCGGCGUAGGCAAAUGUGAGCACAGCCAUAUCGGAAAAGAGUCGUACUCAUAUGCUUGUUAGUGCUGAUACAUGUAUGAUUCUAAGUACUAGCAUCGAUCUAGCCCUCUUUUGCUUCUGUUUUUCUACAAUAAUUAUGCAACCUGCAGGAUCAUAUAUGCAUCCUGUUGUACCAAUAUAUGAACUAAUAAUCGGUUCGCAUAGAACAAAUAUAUGGGUGGUGCCAGUUCUUGUUUGAA